ACAACGCUGCAGUUCGCCUCCCAGCCUGUAGGUGGCCAACAAGACCAGCCUGGCUGCAAACCGACUGGAAGCGGCUAGCUACCGCCAGCUAUCAUAACAUUAUCCAUCCGCUGUUUUUUACCGUCAGUCGUCGGUUGGCGAGCUUGCUCGAGGCUGGCUUCACUGGCCAAACAUGCAGAAAUAUGAGAAGCUUGAAAAAAUCGGAGAGGGUACCUACGGGACCGUUUUCAAAGCCAAAAACAGAGAAACCCACGAAAUUGUGGCUUUGAAGAGAGUGAGGCUGGACGACGACGAUGAGGGGGUUCCAAGUUCUGCUCUGAGAGAAAUCUGUCUUCUGAAGGAACUAAAGCAUAAAAACAUUGUCAGACUACAUGAUGUUUUGCACAGUGACAAGAAGUUAACCUUGGUUUUUGAAUACUGUGAUCAGGAUUUGAAGAAGUAUUUUGACAGCUGCAAUGGGGACCUUGAUCCUGAAACUGUGAAGUCGUUCAUGUACCAGCUGUUGAAAGGUCUCGCUUUCUGUCACAGUAGAAACGUUCUUCACAGAGAUCUGAAGCCGCAGAAUCUCCUCAUCAACAGAAAUGGGGAGUUGAAGCUGGCUGACUUCGGUUUGGCUCGCGCUUUUGGCAUCCCUGUGAGGUGCUACUCAGCCGAGGUGGUGACACUAUGGUACCGGCCUCCAGAUGUGCUGUUUGGUGCUAAACUUUAUUCUACCUCUAUUGACAUGUGGUCUGCAGGAUGCAUAUUUGCAGAGCUGGCUAACGCUGGAAGGCCUUUAUUCCCCGGCAACGACGUGGACGACCAGUUGAAAAGAAUCUUCAGAUUGUUGGGUACACCAACCGAAGAACAGUGGCAGACGAUGACAAAACUUCCAGAUUACAAGCCAUAUCCUAUGUAUCCAGCCACCACCUCACUGGUGAAUGUGGUCCCCAAACUAAGUAGCACAGGGCGGGAUCUUCUCCAGAACCUGUUGAAAUGUAAUCCUGUCCAGAGGAUCUCUGCAGAGGAAGCCUUGCAGCACCCUUACUUUGCAGAUUUCUGCCCACCCUAAACGCUUAAUUGCCUCUCACUGAACCUCAGCCGCCAGAAUCAAUCAUCCCUCUUCUCUCUGUUGGGUCAUUAGGACCAAAUCCCAACAAGGCAAAUCCCUCACCGGUUUUCAAACACUCUCCUGCAGUUCAUUCAGUUGUGCCUCUGUGUGGAACAAAGUCCUCGUGGCUCUGCAAGGUUUUAGGUUCUUUUAAGUUGAAAGCCUGUUAAAUUAGCUUCACACACUCUUCCCAGUGAAUUUAUCUGGGAGGGUUUAGCAUCGAAUACUUUACAGCCACAGGAAAGUGUUUUUUAACAAGACGCCCCGCUCCAAAAAUAAUGAAAUUAACGUGUUUAUUCUGACUUUUACAACGGUCGUUCAUGGACGAGAUGCACCCUAAGAAUCUGUGGUAAUCUCAUUUAGUGAAGUCAUUUUAGAUUCCUAAUAUAUCACUUUAAAAUAUAAGUUUAGAACAUGCAUGAACACUUACUUUCAGUUAAUAACCAGGUGAGGUCAAGAUAAGCAAUCAUAUCUAUUGUAUUUCAAAUUCAUAUCAUAUGCACACUGAUCAGCCACAACAUUAAAACCACUGAUAGGAUAAGUAAGUUACAUAAACCAUCUUGUGGCUAUUUAAUGUUCUGCUGGGAAACUUUUGGACCUGACAUUCAUGUGGAUAUUACGUACACAUGUACCACCCACCUAGACCAGACCAGACCAGGCACCCCCCAGCCCAUAGCAAUGACUCUCCUUGAUGGCAGCAGACAUCCCCAGCGGUUUGGAAACAACUGAAAAAAAACAAAAAAAACAUUAAAAACAGCACAUGGUGUUAGAUCCUAAACCCAUCCAGUAUCUGUGUGAUACACUGGAACAAGAGGCCCCUCCCCUCAAUCAGUAGCACCCAACAUUGUGUUGCCAGUCACCACAGGACGCCCUCAGAAGCCCCAUGUCUAUUCUCUGAUGAGUCACAGCCAUUUUACAGGCACAAGGGAGAACCACACAGUAUAAUGAAGGUGGUCAUAAUGCUAUGCCAGAUUGGUGUACACUAAGUAUUCCUGUGCUCCAGUUUGUUCACGUUUCUCUUUAAAAUCGUCUGAGUUAUCCACAGAUUCACGGGGCAUCUAGUGCUACCAGGUUGCUUUUAGUUAUAGGUUCAGAUUAACUGAUGCGGCAGCUUUAGAAUCACAAGUCACUGAUUCGUUUAAAAAAUUACUCAAAGCCACACGUCCCCAUUUGAUUUUUCUAACACAGGUCAGUAAUUUCCAAUUUCCUUGGUGGUUUCCUCAAUAUCAUUAUGUCGUUUGGUAUUAAUCAAAGGGAGAUGGAAAUUCCCACCAAAGAACUGAUCCAAUUAAAUGUGAAAUUAAAUUCCAAUUUUUUUGUCUGUGCACAAAACUCACCAGUCGAAUGAAAACCCUGUUUGUUUGUUUGUUUGUUUUUACCAAAAUACAAACUUAUUGCCUGGAAACAACAUAGAAAACAUAGUAAGGCCCUUACAGACUAUUUUUACUGCUUGGACGGCACACUUUAACAUUUCAGUCGUUUCUCACACACCAACAGCACAGCCCGCUACCUGUUAAGAGAUUGUAUACUAGCAUGGGAAGAUAAUUUAUCGUUUUGUUUUUUUUGUUUGUUUGUUUGUUUGUUUUUCCUCAGGCUUUUCAUUUCCCAUUUUGUAUUUGUCUUUUUGUGCACUUUGUAACUGAUUGUUUUAUUUGAAAUUGUUUAGUUAUCAUUAUUAUAAAAACAUGUUGAAUACUGACAGCCAGGAUUAUAGCUGGUAAUCAAUAAAUGGGCCAACAUCUAUAGAUCUAUAUCUAUCUAUCUAUAUAUAUACAUAUAUAUGUAAAUGACCAGUGGACCAUUAGUGACACAGUAACAUUUUUUUCCAUUAAUAUACUAAUUUGUUUUUAGCUUUUCUGAAACGCAAUAGUUAAGUUAGAUAUACUCCACUGGUUAUCUGUAUUUCCACCAUCAGCUGGUUCCAUUCUGGUCACUCAUUACGUUUAAAUGGUUAAAACAGCUUGCAGUGCUACUCCACUCGACGUUGCUACAGUUCUUAUCCCAUAAAAAAAAUAAGCAACAGUUUUAUCUGAAGUGGCUGUCUUGACUGGGGGAAGGAUUUAAUUUUAUUUCUGCUGAUGUAAGACAAGAUAAUGGAUGCAUGUAUUUAUUAAUGAUGGAAUGUUUGCUCUUUUUUGCAUUUUCUUUUAAAUGUAGCACAAGUUCAUUUGGUACAGACGCUCAUUUUGGGUGAUUUAAGGUUACUGAGAUCUGCUUUAGAUUUUUUUUUUUUUUUUUGCGGAUGUACAAAAAAAACGUGUGAUUUAAGUUCAUUUGACAAAACACAAAAGCAUUAGGUCUUAGUAUUCUGACGUCUUGUGGUGACGACGGGACAUUUUACUUUACACAUCUUAAAUUUUCAUUUGAAACAAGUGUCUUGUUUUUUUUUUUGUUUGUUUUUUUACACUUUUAUGUUUUGCUGGUAGAAAUCUAGGACAAAUGUUAUGUGUACAUUUCAGCCAGUAAGACUCAGUAUUCAGUAAAGUCAACACACAACACAAACACGUUUGCGCUUCUUAACAAAAAGUAUAGAAUUUAUAGCUUACAUCUUAGUGUAUUAGGAGGAUAAUCUGUAUGUCCUUUGUUAUCUUGUGGCUAGUGUUUGAGGAAACACCCAGAGGACGGGGAUAUAGUUCACUUUUUAACAUCUACAAAUCUGUGCCAUCAAACUAUAACUGAAUACACUGCAGCACUGUACAGGUUUGAGAUAUGUGUGCUAUAAUUUAAAUUCAUCAUCCACUACGUUUUUUUUUUUAAGUCAAACAUGUAAAUACGUUGUAAUGGAUCGAAGCUCCAGUCGUUCACAAAAUUGCAAAAGGGCAAUUAUCAACGUUAUUUCCUGACAGUGCUUCUGUACAUACGCUAAGAUUUCAAUACAGGUUUCACUUGCUACAA